AUCAUGUUACUCAGGAAGCACCUGAUCUUAACCCAGUUAGUUCAUGCAAAGAUUCUUUUAAUGAUUCUAUAAUAAAUGCUUGUAUGUUAGUUAUGUGACACGGUGUAAUGGAUGUCUCCAAUGCGGAAGUGGGUGCAGCCUGCAGGGUUUGUAUCCGAGGUGUUAUCAGGCAUUGACAGUGAAGGAAAUCGGUGCAUUACAGUCUAAAGUCUGCAGAUAAAGUCUGGUUAAAGAAAACAACAAACAUCAGUGUAAGGAAUAAACAUUUAGGGUAUUGAAUGGAUUCAGCUUGGCAGAGAUUUGAGUCGCUACACCAGUGGAUUCUGGAAAAUGGGGAUAAGCGGACAGAUCCAUGGCUGCUCGUUUAUUCCCCUUUUCCUGUCUUUGUUAUUUUUCUAUGUUACCUCGGCAUCAUUUGGGUUGGACCCAAACUCAUGCGGAACAGGGAACCGGUGGACCUCAGACUUGUGCUUAUAGUUUAUAACUUCGCCAUGGUCUGUCUUUCUGUCUACAUGUUCCAUGAGUUUUUAGUGACGUCUUGGGUAUCAAACUACAGCUACUUCUGCCAGCCGGUCGACUACAGUGACAAUCCUCUGGCCAUGAGGAUGGCCAGAGUUUGCUGGUGGUUUUUCUUCUCUAAGGUCAUUGAGCUCAGUGACACGGUCUUUUUCAUCUUACGCAAGAAGAACAGCCAGCUGACCUUCCUGCACAUGUACCAUCAUGGUACCAUGAUCUUCAACUGGUGGGCCGGAGUUAAAUAUGCUGCAGGAGGACAGUCGUUCUUCAUCGGCCUGCUCAACACGUUUGUGCACAUUGUGAUGUAUUCGUACUACGGCGUGGCAGCUCUGGGUCCUCACAUGCAGAAAUAUCUGUGGUGGAAACGCUACCUCACCUCUCUGCAGCUGCUCCAGUUCGUCCUGCUCACCACACACACCGGGUACAACCUGUUUACGGAGUGUGACUUCCCCGACUCGAUGAACUCGGUCGUCUUUGCCUACUGCAUUAGCCUCAUCCUGCUCUUCAGCAACUUCUACUACCAGAGCUACAUCCAGCGGAAGAGCAAACGCUUUUAACACACACUGGACUGGUUCCUCUCCGAGUCUUCGUCUUGUGCUCUUAGCGUCCACUUGUGUCUUAAGACACUUCUGUUUUUUAAUGUUUGGUUCUAAAUGGUGCAGCUUCUUUCAUCCCAGAUAUAGUUUGAAUCCCAGUCACCAGCUGAAUGGUUGUUUUAUCACUUACAGCAUUAAGCAGAAGCUCUUAUCCAAAAUGACUUACAGAAGUGCUUCCCUCACCAGUGUAGCUGAAGGAUCCUUGUAGGAACAGAACGUACCAUGAAGGCAUGUUGGUCUGACGCAGCUUCUUUAUUUCUGUCCAUUCCUCUCCAUCAGUAUAUGACACUACAGACAACAGUAUGACUAUUCUACAGACUGAAGGAAACUCGGGCUCGGAUUUACUAUGAUCUUAAUAAAAAGUGCUAAUCUGUGUGUA